GUGUUCCGCCCGGAAGCGCCCAACGACAAGCAGUACGAGCAUGGCGUCGGUGUGGCAGAAGAUCAAGAGCUUCGACGCGAACCCCAAGACGCUCGAGGAGUUCAAGGUCCGGACGACACAGGGCGGCCUCUUCUCGCUCUGCGCCUUCAUCCUCAUGGCCUAUCUCUUCUUCUCGGAGCUCGCCUACCACUUGGCCGUGGAUACGGUCGACAAGAUGUAUGUGGAUGGCACGCGCAACGUGAAUCUGUCGAUCAACUUUGACAUUGAGUUUCCUCGCAUGCCAUGCCAGAUUGUCUCGAUCGAGCAUGCUGAUCUUGCCGGCCGCGUUCAACUCGAUGUCAUCGACAACAUUCACAAGAUGCGCUUGGACCUGCAUGGCAACACCAUUGGCGAAAAGAUCAAAGAAACGAUUGGUGGUGCGCUCGUCAACGAAUCGCAGCUCGCCGUUCAAACCGAUGGCUCCAUGUGCGGCAACUGCUACGGUGCCGGCGACCCUGGCGAGUGCUGCAAUACGUGUGAGGACGUCAAGAACGCGUACGUUCGCCGCAACUGGGCGCUUCCGAGCUUGCACACCGUGGUGCAGUGCAUGAACGCCGACUUGGAGGCGAUCCUCAAGGGCGAUAUCAAGGAAGGCUGCCGCAUCACGGGUCAUCUGGACGUCGCCAAGGUCGCCGGCAAGUUUUACUUUGCGCCGUCCAAGAUCUUUCAAAGCGGAUACCUCGUCGCCGACGAUGUCCUCGACUCGACGUUCAAGGUGUUUGACAAUUCGCACACGAUCCACGCGCUCACGUUUGGCCAAGAGUACCCCAACAUGAAGAACCCACUGAAUGCGCGCGUCAAGCACCUUCCGGAGGGCAUGCGCGGCGCGUACCAGUACUUUCUCAAGGUGGUCUCGACCGACUACUCGUUCUUGAACGGCAACGAGAUCAAGUCCAACCAGUACUCGGCGACCGAGCACUUUUUGGAGAUGACGCCAACCGGGCAGAAGGGCCUCCCGCGCAUCACGUUUGCGUACGAGUUUUCGCCCAUCAAGUUUCGCAUCGAGCAGACGCAGAAGGGGCUCGUCCCAUUCCUCACCAGCGUCUGCGCCAUCGUCGGCGGCGUCUUCACCGUCAUGGGGCUCGUCGACGCGGCCAUGUACAACGUCAUCUCGAACAAGCGGAAAGCGUCGCCGCUACUCUAAGGGCAGCGACAGUCUGUGUGUCUUUUGCUACAGUGCUAGCAUGACAGCUAGUACAGUCUUCUGCUGUGGUCGCAACAUGCUACCCCUGGUAUUCCUUUCAGCAAAGCGUCCAAGUGUA